AUGGAGCACACCGUGUGCCAAGGAAACACUGCGAAACAGUGUACUGGGAAUGAUGGGGUUCAGGUUCCCAAGUGUGCUCUGCAUGGUCGAGGACAUCGUGCAAGCCGUUAUCGGCUCUCCAGAGUCACAGGGAGCCAAACACUGAUUGAUGGGCAUACGCGAAAGUUGAAUGGUCUCAUGGUUCCCUGUGUUAAUGCCUAUGACAAGCCUGUUUACGGGUUCCUUGAGAAAUUCGCUGAAGAGGUUAGCAGACCCCGACCAUGGAGUGUGUGUGGUAUGACGACUCUCUCUACUGAAUGUGAAAUGCUCAAACCGGCUCUCGCUAGGCUCACAAGUGGACAGGGGUCUUUUCGCGCAGGAGCCGAAAGCUUGGCCUUUGCGAACUGCUUGCUUGGGAGCAGAGUAGAUCAUUUCGCCUCAGUUGUAGACAAUAUGGCUGUCAGGCAAUUGCAGAUGCCGAAAAGGGUCCUAGAAGCCGAGACCCUAGUUGGACCUUCUGUCGGCUGCCAAGGUGCCCGACUGCUUAAGCGGAGAUAUGCUGACUCCACCCGGAUAAGAUUAGAUGCAUCCCAUGCCAUUGUCCCUGCUAUUCGUCUCCGGGUUUCAGGUGCCGUUUGGCCAAAUUCUGGCAGCAUGUAA